GCCUGCUGCCACACAUCUAGCUGGCCUGUUAGAUUAAUGUGCGGCACAGGAUGUUGCAGCAGCAGCCUAUUACAGGCAAUGGGCCCAACUCAGGCCGGGGGAUCGGGUUGAACGCUCACCCCGGAAUGCAUCCCCUAAACUCCGUUCAUCCACCAACACAACACCGCCCCGAUGGCGAUUCGGGCCUCGAAGGGACAGAAAAUGGUCACGAAAACCGGAGAGACAUUGGGGAUAUCUUGCAACAAAUCAUGACCAUUACUGACCAAAGUUUGGACGAAGCUCAAGCAAAAAAACAUGCCCUGAACUGUCAUCGGAUGAAACCGGCUCUGUUCAGCGUGCUUUGUGAAAUCAAAGAGAAAACCGGUCUGUCUAUGCGAAACACCCAGGAGGAGGAGCCACCAGACCCUCAGCUUGUGCGACUGGACAACAUGCUCCUGGCUGAAGGCGUGGCCGGCCCCGAGAAAGGAGGCGGUGCCGCCGCAGCCGUCUCUGCGGCGACCAGCUCGGGGGGUAUGUCGCCAGACAGCUCCCUGGAGCACUCCGACUACAAACAGAAGCUGAGCCAGAUCCGCACGAUCUACCACACUGAGCUGGAGAAAUAUGAGCAGGCCUGUGCUGAGUUUACAACUCACGUGAUGAACCUUCUUCGUGAGCAGUCUCGCACGCGGCCUGUGUCCCCGCGUGAGAUUGAACGCAUGGUGGCCAUCAUCCACCGCAAGUUCAGCUCCAUCCAGACGCAGCUCAAGCAGAGCACGUGCGAGGCCGUCAUGAUCCUCCGCUCCCGAUUCCUGGAUGCCCGGCGUAAGAGACGUAACUUCAGCAAGCAGGCCACUGAGGUCCUGAACGAGUACUUCUACUCUCAUCUGUCCAACCCCUACCCCAGCGAGGAGGCUAAAGAGGAGCUGGCCAAGCAGUGCGGCAUCACCGUGUCUCAGGUGUCCAACUGGUUUGGCAAUAAAAGGAUCCGCUACAAAAAGAACAUCAGCAAGUUUCAGGAAGAGGCUAACAUUUACGCCAUGAAGACAGCCAUGGGGGCAACUCAGAGAGAAGGUUCUCCCCACACUCCCAACUCCACCGGGUCAGCUGAUCUCUUCCUUGGAGCUCCUCCAGUGAAUGGAGAACAACCUGGCUACCACAUGGGGGCUCAGGACUCAGUCUCUCAGUCCCGCUUUGCAGACAGACUCUAUAGUCCCAGAGAGAGCCGGACUAACGGGACCUGGCAGGAACAGAACACGCCUCCCUCUCCACCUGGAAGUGAGCAUUCCGACAACUCUGACUGAUGACGCUGCUCCUCCCGCUGACCGUCGUGUCGAAGACAACCAAGGACAAAGGAGAAGACGGAAAGAAUGAUGGUCACUCUUCUGCCCAAGUGCAGUUGGUUUGGGUUUUGUUUUUUGUUUUUCUUAUUGUUUACUUGUUUGUUUGUUUGUUUUUGGUUUUGUAGAUCAUAUUGUCUAACGAGUAUGUCUGUACAUGUGCGAGAGAGAGAGAGGGUGGGAGAGAGGAAAAUGCCGGUUAGGGGCGUUCGUGUAUUUGACCGUUCUACUUCUCUUUGAUUCUGUUUUAUUUUUCAUGUUUAUCACUCCACUACUUCCGCUACUCGUUACUGCAAUAUUUGGGUUCUGAAGAGGGAACUUUGUAAACUGCAUUAAGACUGCUUUCUUUAUGACUAUAGUCCUAUUGUUAUUAUCACUGCUAUUCUAACUCAUAUUGUUUCAUUAAAGUUCAGAUAGAGAAGAAUUGGCAUGGGUAAAGGGGGCAAUAGAGAAUAAUCCAAAGAUUGUUUGUUUUUGGGUUUUUUUGUGUGUUUCUCUUUUUUACUGUGUGUACCUAUUAUAUGAAUGGGGUGUGUUUGCUGUCUUUAUUUACAGUUUGAAUGCGUAUAUCAACAGUGCUGUCUUUUCUCUGUACAGUGAAACACCUGUAUUCUCUACCUCUUUUACAAUAAAGACUGUGUACACAUUCA